CUUAUACUUUUUUUCUGACAUCGCAAUCAGUAGGCCGAACGAACCACAUUUUGUUGCGUUUUUUCAAACGUCCUUAACUCCCAAGUGUCAAAUGAAAGCGAUUUCAAAUGUCAUUGGAGUUUCUUAAUUACUAUGAAUUGAAAAUUCGCAUGUUCAAUUAGUAUUUUGCUAGAAUAUUAACCUUCUAGUUUUCUAGGCUUAUGUCAUGUUACCACGAGAACCUACUUAGGUAUGCAUUAUUAUUUCGAGAUGUCAAGGUUGGUGAUUUAUAGUUCAUUGAUGCAGGGGCACUAAACCGCCAUGAAUUCGUUAUGAACAAAAGCUACUUAUCAAGAUGUUAUAUUUUUAUUAGUAGGUAAUCAGAUGUCUAACUUCGGAAUUCAAAAGUAUGCUUGAUAGCUUUUUAUCACAUUGGUCUAAUUAGUGAACUGAUUUUAGCUGGUUGCCUUUUUGUUGGUGAAGAGAAUGUGCCUAAGAACUUGUAGGCAAAACUUUGUUAUUGCAAAAAUUCGGUAUUCAUUGCUGAUUUUGUAAACAAGACAACUGAAACUUUCCUAAUUUAACAAGCUAUGGAAGCAUAACUUACCAGUCUGCCAAUUUAGGCAUUGUUUAAUGGAGCAAUUUAUUACACUUGUUACAUUUAGGCCAGAAUGUUGAAUAAUUGAACUGCAUAGUAUAAGAAAACAGAUUGCAACACAGUUUAUUUCAUAAUCAGUAGACUGUGACGGAGGUCGUAAGAAAAGUUCUUGUUUUACCGCCAACAGCUUCAAUACGGUUGACAGCUGUAUCCGUUGGAAGUCGUAGACUGAUUUUUAAAAUUGGAAGGAUUUAUUUUUUUUUAAUCUUUUUUUUAAAGUGAAAAAUUGCGUAUUGUGGAUUUUUAUCUGGGCAGAACGUAGUCUCUUCUCGCGCCAACAGGAAGAACAGAGGUCAGAAAAACUGCAAUGUCUAUGGUGAUUUGAAAAAAUAAGUAAAUAAGAAUGUGUUUGAGAAUGCUGAGACUGUUGUUUUUGGUGGCGAUGGCGGCUGUCACAGCGAAGGUCCAAAAUGACCCGGCUGCCAACCAAAUUGUUAUAUUCAAAGAGAAAAGCAAGGGACCCGUAGCAACAAUGACUACCGCCGCUGGAGCACCCAUCGAACAGAAAGAAGCUACAGUAACAUUGAACGAGAGGUUGAUAUUCAAUGAAUAUUUUAUGGACACCAUGACCCACUUGGUUAGGGAAAGAAUCCCAGAACGAUUGGUCCACGCGAAGGCUGGUGGUGCAUUUGGUUAUUUUGAAGUGACACACGAUAUAUCCGACAUUUGUAAAGCUAAAUUAUUUAGUAAAGUAGGCAAGAAGACACCUAUCGCUGCUAGAUUCUCCCCAGUCGUUGUUGAGCGAGGAGGCAUUGACACUUCAAGAGAUGCCCGAGGAUUUGCCCUCAAAUUCUACACUGAAGACGGUAACUUCGACAUAGUCGGCUUCAACACUCCCAUGUAUGUCUACAAAGAUCCUCUCCUAUUCCCCACUUUCGUACGAGCACAGAAAAGGAACCCAGCGACGAAUUUGCUAGAUCCAAACAUGCUUUGGGACUUCCUAACGCUACGUCCAGAAAGUUUGCACAUGUUUUUACUAGUAUUUGGUGAUCGAGGAAUCCCAGAUGGCUAUAGACACAUGCCUGGUUUCGGCAUCCACACUUUCCAAGUUGUAAAUAAACACGGUGACAGUCACUUUAUUAGGUUCCAUUUCAGACCAGAUGCAGGCAUUAAAAACCUACGUUCAGAAGAAGCAAGAAAGUUAGCGGGCACUGAUCCAGAUUAUGCAACUAGAGAUUUGUACAGAGCUAUCGGAGAAGGAAAAUUCCCAAGUUGGACUGCCAGCAUACAGGUUCUAAGUGAGGAAGAUGUCAAAGAAGCAGACUUCGAUGUCUUUGAUGUUACUAGAGUUUUACCGUUAGACAAGUAUCCUCUAAGACCACUAGGCCGUUUCGUUUUGAAUAAAAAUCCUGUAAAUUAUUUUGCUGAAAUUGAGCAGUUAGCAUACAGUCCCGCGAACUUAGUACCAGGAAUUCUGGGAGGACCUGACAAAGUGUUUGAAGCUCGUCGUUUGGCCUACAGAGAUGCUCAGUAUUAUCGUUUAGGAUCAAACUUUUUCAACAUACCUGUAAAUUGUCCUUUACAAAACAAAGCUUUCCCGUACAACCGUGACGGUGUGCCACCUGUUAAGGAUAAUCAAAAAGAUAUACCAAAUUACUAUCCUAAUUCAUUCCAUGGACCUGUUCCUUACAAAGAACAUGAUAAGGUUGAGUUGAUAGAGAUCCAUCAGGACCAGCCGGAUAAUUUCGAACAAGCGCGGGAGUUGUAUAUCAAUGAAAUGGAGCCAGAAGAAAGGCAGAGGUUAGUUGAGAACAUUCUGUAUAGUUUGGGUCCUGCAACUAAAUUUUUGCAAGACCGAGCUGUGAAAAUGUUCGGUCGAAUACAUUCCGAUCUUAGUGACAAGAUAUACCAAGGUCUACAGGCAAAUAGGACCAAAACUCCUUAUGAAAUUGAUUUAGGCUUCUUCGGGACACAUUCCUACUUUUAAGAAGUCUUAUAAGUAUGUAAUUAGUAUUUAAGUUGUACAAUGUUACAGUUAAUGUUUGUUACUACAUUUUUAUGUUAAUUUUAUUCAUUGUUUAAAGUACAAUUUAAUAAAAUGUUGAGUUUGUAA